CUGUCACCUGCUACAGCCGGCGUGGCCCACCUAUCUUUCCUCUCUUCGAGGCACCUUGCGUCCUCUUGUCUUUCUUUCAAUUUCCUGCCAGAGCCACCAUGGCGAGGCCGCUGGAAGAUGCGUACUGCACGCUCCUCAUGAGCGAUUCCUAUCUCCCAGGCGCCGCCGUUCUCGCCCAUUCCUUGCGCGAUGCGGGGACCAAGAAGAAGCUCGCUGUCCUCGUCACGCUGGACACGCUGUCCGCCGACACUAUUGCCGAGCUCAAGUCUCUGUACGACUAUCUGAUACCGGUCGAUCGCGUACGGAACCCCAAUCCGGCCAACCUGUUCCUCAUGGGUCGCCCAGACCUCGUGAACGCCUUCACCAAGAUUGCGCUGUGGAGACAGACGCAAUUUCGAAAGAUUGUCUACCUCGACUCCGACGUCGUCGCCCUGCGAGCUCUGGACGAGCUUUUCGACCUCGAAGCGCCCUUUGCCGCCGCACCAGAUGUCGGCUGGCCAGACGCCUUCAAUACCGGCGUCAUGGCUAUAACCCCGGACAUGGGCGAGUACUGGGCAUUGCAGACCAUGGCCGCAAGCGGUGACAGCUUUGACGGCGCCGAUCAGGGCCUGCUGAACCAGUACUACGAGCACCGCAAUUGGCACCGCUUGAGCUUCACCUACAACUGCACGCCGAGUGCGCAAUAUCAGUGGGAACCAGCAUACCGCUACUACAAGAGGGACAUCAGCGCUGUUCAUUUCAUUGGCAAGGACAAGCCGUGGACCGUCGGACGGACGGGCCCUCGCGGAUCCGGCGUCUACAAUGAGCUUCUGGCUCGGUGGUGGGCUGUGUAUGACAGGCACCUGAAGCAGGCCGCCGCUGCGUCUCAGUCAGUAUUGGACACUGGACGCACUUCUUCGGUCGUCCAACAGCAUGUGCAUGGUGAGACGACCAGUGCAGACUUUGGCACCGCUUCGACGCAGCACAUUACCUCCGUACCUGAGAUCGUGGUCGAGCCCGAGGCCCCCAUGACUACCACAGAAGCUCCCCUAUCCGAGCCCGGUGAAGAGGCAGAGAAUAUUGACCAAGGUGUGACAGAGCCGAUGCCUACUGCUGAGCAGCGGAGGUUCUCCGCUCCACAGGUGGAAUGGGACGCGACGAGAUCUGAACCUCCCGUGGAAUCGAAGCCAGAAGCCGAACACUUCCCAACCCAGACGUACACGUUCAGCGACAGCCACAACCUUUUCCAAGCUCCAGAGGCGUAUCCAGAGCCUCCAAGGGACAUGUGGUAUGAGGUGCCCGAAUCAAAACCGAAGCCCGCUGAGCCGCCGAAACCCAUCUUCCCGUGGGAGCGAGAACCAGACCGUCCGAAAGCCACCCGAGUGUUUGCUGAAGAUCUUCCACCUGAACCUAUGCCUGCACCAGCUCCGGUAGCGCCGGCUCCAACUGGGCCGUCGCCGAUACACCCCUUUUCUACUGUUCAUUUUGAGGACGACGGAGGGGCAAAGCCUGAAACAGCUGCGCCUGCACUGGGCAGUCCUGAACGCGCUUCUUCGCCAAGGACCGCUGAGGAGCAAUGGCAAGCCUUCCAGCAGAGCAGCGUGAACGCGUGGGACAGCGUGCCUGGAAUCGACACGUAUGUCCGCGCUAUCAUGGAUUCACAGGCUCGACGUGGUGAGCCCCGGGUCCUCCACCAAGUGACCGGUUCAGACGAGGUAUUCUCUCCCUCUAUCAGCCGGAAGGAACGUCGCGAGAGUCUGAUCCUCACCGACUUCCCCACUGCGAUAGAGCGACCGAGUCUGCCGGUGACUCCUGCGCCCAUCAAACGACCCUCGUUUUGGGGCGAGGAGAGGGAUGAGGCGCGUGAGCUCCCAGCUGCAGAAGGCGUUCCUGAUCAACCAGAAUGGGUAUGUCCGCGAUGCGGUUUUUCCUCUGUUAGCGAGUCAGAUUUUCGUGGUCCUCGUCGCGAAUCGACAGCUUCUACUGCUACAGCUAUUGCUACUCCUUCGCAGGCGCCUGCACCUGCAAAGGAAACCCCUGCAGCCCCUCCAAAGGCUCAACCCACAGAGCCUCCACAAAAGAUCGACACGACCAAGAGUCCACCCAGUCCACCCAAGCCUCAUCCUCGAAGCGGCAUCAGCCCUCGUGGAGCCCCUUUGAUGUCUUUGACCGAUCCGGCUCUCCUUGAUAAUCCGCCUACGCAUUUCCCUGGCUUCAACGCUCCAUCACCUUCUGCAUCUGAUGUAUCAAGCGUUGCCGCGACUUCCGCAUAAUUAUUGGAAUUCACACAUAUCUUAUCGCCUCUGCGCAGACAAAAGCUAACUUCAAUUCAACUUUAAGAACCCCGAGGAGAGGCUCGAACAGCUUCGGCGAUCCUCACUCCUCGAAUUCGAGCAUCUGAAGAGU